AUGAGCCUACCGAGUGGCGUGGACAUGUCGAACCUGAUGCAGCAACAUCCGGUCCUUGGGGCACUUCCGCCGGCCUUUUUCCUGCGGGCGGCCUCAGAACGCUACCAGCGCACGCCCAAAUGCGCCCGUUGCCGCAACCAUGGAGUGGUGAGCGCCCUUAAAGGACACAAGCGCUACUGCCGUUGGCGUGAUUGCGUCUGUGCCAAAUGUACCUUGAUCGCCGAACGCCAGCGUGUGAUGGCUGCCCAGGUUGCUUUGCGACGUCAACAAGCACAAGAAGAGAACGAAGUGCGUGAUCUUGGGUUGUUGUACGGCACGGGAGGAGUACAUGGGGUGGGUCAGACACCCCCGGGUGGAGAUCCUGGAACCACGCAACCCGUCGGGCCCUUCCACGGUGGUAUCCCUUCACCACCGAAUGACGCGGAAGGAACAACCCACCACAGCUACACGUCGGUGUCGGACGCAGAUACGGACGUGCAGCGGUUGAGGACGGAGCACAUGCACUCGGCCUAUUCGCCAAACCGAAGCGAACCGGACAGUCCGGGUCCAAAGCGCCAGCGUAUAUCUACCGAGACAGACCAUGAGACGGAGUCAGAAUCAUCACCCAGCAGUCCCCGGCACAAGUCGUCGCUGUUCUCUCUCCCGAUGGACAAGCAAUCACCGAGCCAAACUGGACCACCAAGCUCACCCGAGUCAGAUCUGGACGUGGACUCGACACCGGACGACUCGAUCGCACCGGAGAACCUGAGCCUCAAGAAGGACUCGAGUGUAUAUACGAAGCCUGCAACGCUGGUGCCUGUGGCGAACGGCGGGGCUGGUUUUCUGCCUUACAACCAGCAGCCAACCGUUGCUCAGUACCAGCAAGCCAUCGGUGUCAGUGCCUCCCCAGCAUCCGGCCAGCGUUCACCGGUGGAUGUGCUGCUGCGGGUGUUCCCAAACAGGCGCCGAAGUGAGGUCGAGUUACUGCUGCAGCGCUACCGAGGCGACGUAGUCCAGGCCAUGGAGGCGAUGCUAUGUGGAGAUGAUGCGCUACACUCGCCCAUCAGUGUUCCAACACCUUCACCGUCUUUUGCAGUGAAGUCGGCAUUCUCGCCGCUGAUGCCUUCCGGAACGUUCAGUAGUCCGACGGUGCGGUACUCCUUCCUGCAGCAGGCACACACCAAGCGUUUCCUGUCCGCGCCCUACACGGGUACGGGCUAUCUCCCGACCAUCCUGCAGGAUCCCGAGCAGCAGCAUCAGUCCGAGCAGCAGGGUGUUGGCCCAAACUGUGCCGUACCACCGUCCAGCAGCCCCUGCGUUGAUGGAUCCGAGUAA